GAAGCUCAGAAGAAAAUGCUGAGAACGUCAGACUCCUUUCUAAUUAUUCAGAUCUGAAGACUCAACUGGAGGACCUGCAAAGAAGCCAUUCCAGCCUGUGGAAUAAUUACAGUGACUUGCAGAUGGAUUACGUGAAUAUAUCAGAGAGCAAGAAGAAAUGCAUACGAGUCCUUGCAAUUACUUCUGAACUUGAGAGGCAAUUGGGAGAAGUGAAAAGGGAGUAUUCCCACUUGCUGGGAGAAUGUUCUACAUUACAGAGGAUCCACCGCAACUUGACGGGCCAGUACCUUCUGAAAGACAAAUGCCUUCACAAACAGAAAUUUUGCACUGGAGGGAUCUGUGAAUUUUGUUCUACGAACUGGGUCCGAUUCAAUGGCAAGUGCUACUUCUUUUCAACUGAUACCAUGAGCUGGUAUUCCAGUCGCGAUGACUGUAAAUUACUGGGGGGGAGCCUGGUGAUUAUAGAGAGCACAGAGGAACAGGAUUUCCUAUCGAAGAGGAUGAAGCGCGUGGCAGGUACUGCAUGGGAUUACUAUUGGAUUGGACUUUACUCUGUUAAUUCUGGAGAACAGUGGCGCUGGGUAGAUAGAACAGUUCUACAAGAAGGGUGAGAUCCAAAGUGAUACCAUAACAUCUACCAGUACUCAAGAUCUUCCCUUUUAAAACCAGUAUGUCAAGAUCGCAAGAUAAUGUAUCUUGCGAUCUUGACAUUACAAUUUGUGUUUCAAUUAUGGGGUUUCCAUGCGGGGCAAUUUACAAGUGAAAUUAUGAUGCGCGUGCAC